GAGCCCCUCUCCCCUCUCCUUUAGAGAGCACUGUUGACAGAAACCUCUUGUUGUUUAUUGUCACUGGGAAGUAGCAAGAUGAGUACUGGGUAACAACAGAAAAUUUGGGGUUUAGGUAACUCUUUCACACCAGAAAUUCCGACUUACAAGGGAGAUAAUCUUUCCAGCAGGAGGUCUGAAGAAAGGCAAGUCACAGCUAAGACUCUCCAAUCAAAACCACAUCUGUGUGUUGGAGCAGAUUGGAAGUAGAAAUCUUUUCCCCUGCAAUUCAAGGUGAUAAGAAAUGAGCGUGAUGAUGCACUGGUUGCUGCUGCUCCUUCUCCUGGUCAGCUUUGGCUCACCUGCACCCAGGUUUUCGGACAAAGAUACCUGCCUCCUAGACAACAAUAAAUUAAGACAAAGGUUAAAACAUCUUCAAGACUUGCUUUACUUAUAUGAAUUACAGCUGAAGGACAUACUGGGGAACACUUACCACAGAACGAAGAGUGAACUGUUCUCAGGCAACAGGAGUGUGCAGCAUGAGACGCUUUUACCCACAACCAGUGGAAAUUUGAUAGUGUAUGACCAAGAUUGCUCUGCAGUGUUUAACAGGAAGAGCACCACAAGUGGCUACUACCGGAUCAGGCCCAGAGCAGAGCGAGAGCCGUUCCUGGCGUUCUGUGACAUGUCUGAUGGCGGGGGCUGGACUGUCAUUCAGCGGAGGAGUAACGGCAAGGAGAAUUUCAACAGGAAAUGGGAUGAUUACAAACUGGGAUUUGGGAAAUUCCAGGGCAAGAAUGAUGAAUACUGGCUGGGCAAUGACCACAUCCAUGACCUGCUUGCUAGAGGAGAGAACUCACUAAAGAUUGACCUGAUGGACUGGCAUGGGGAAAGACGUUAUGCAAUCUAUGAAAAUUUCCAGCUUGCAAAUGAGCAGGACAAUUACAGGUUAUGGUUUGGCACCUAUUCUGGUAAUGCUGGCGACGCUCUGUCUGGUGGGAGCAAUUUUGAAGAUCAGUGGUCAGCCUCUCACAGAGGGAUGCAGUUCACCACAUCUGAUAAGGAUCACGAUCAAUUCCUGGCAGGCAACUGUGCAUCAGAGAACAAGGGUGGCUGGUGGUUUAACAGGUGCCAUGCUGUAAACCUCAAUGGGCGAUACUACAAGAAAGGAAGGUACAAUGGACCCCACGACGAUGGCUUAGUCUGGUCCACAUGGCACGGGAUGUGGUACUCACUGAAAUAUUCAGCCAUGAAAAUCAGGGCUCCCUUCUUUGUUGACAGUGAGAGUGGAGAUGGUGAGAACAGUCAGGGCAGCUGAAACCUGCUGCUUUGGAAAGAGAAAAACCACAGGCUGAAAAGAAUGGUGUAAGCUGAUAGCCAGUGCUCUGCCGCUGCUAAUCGCCAAACCUGCACUUGAUAGCUGGAGUUGCACCUGCUUCUGCUAGCUGAAGCUAACAGCACGAGUUGUUUGAGCACAGCCAGGCAACGAUUUAAGAAAAAAACAUAUGGAUCUCAGUCACGGGGUAACCAGCGGUUUCCUUUUCAGCAGUUUUCAAGACUUUGUUGGAGAAUGUUUAUUGAAAGUUCUCUUCAAAGGAUCAAGCAGGUCCUUUAAUCAGUCUAUACUUUUCAAGGUCUGAACAUUUCUCAUCUUGAUUUUAACCAUCAGUAUUUUAGUUAUGAGAACAUCAGGACAGAAAGAACAAGGGGAUGGGGAACUGGACUUCAUCUGGUAUGCUCAGUGCUUUGUUCUGCAUCAGGAGAAUGUUUUUGAGCAACUUUCCCUAUGGUUUUAAUUGCCACACUUCAGUUGCAGAGUGCUCCUGGAGCGUGUGAAACCAAACCUGCGGAUGGACAUGCUCCAACUGCUAAUGUGUAUCCAGACUAAGGCUGCUUCAAAGUAAACACCCACAAUAUGGACAGUGUGGGAUCCAUUCCAACAGCUUCCCUCUGCAGAUCCACUGCUAGAGUACACCACAAGAUGUUAAACCAGACAAACACAAUCCUGCCAACCAGAUUUAAACCCCAGAUUAAAAUUAGGCAGAUUUUACUAAAAUUAAGGUGAGCGCAGAUAUCCCUAGGAGUUCCUAAAAUGCAGUCACGAUUCAUUUGUGCAUUCUCCUGUAACUUACCAGAUUGCAUUAGUGAAUGGGAAUCAGAAAGUCGUUGAGCCACAAGGCACACUGCUUUUAUUGUCUCACAGGGGUGAAAUGAAAGAGCAACACAAAUGACUGAAAGAAAUGAAAUAUUGAAAAUUUAUUUUCUACAGCUGUCAAUAACAACAGUUAAAAAUGAACAGCGGUAUCAGCUUGGUACAAAUCAUUUAACUACCAUGCUGUAGAAUAAGCCUGUUUCCUUUUUUUUCUGAUUUAUAAUAACUUUUAAAACUGGUAUUUCUUUUGCAUUUACUUGUUUUUAUAUCCAUACAUCUUGUAA